AACGAACUACUCUGAAGAAAAAAAUAUAUUCAAAGACCAAUUCCAGUUCAAACCCAAAACCCCGAUUGAUUUGUCUCUUUUCCCGUAUCUCACUUCUGGUUUGUCAAUCUUUUUUUUUGAAGAUAAAACUAGGAGAGCAUGGAUAAAAUGAAACUAGCUCAAUGGGGUGAGAAACUGAAAACGGGUGGAGCUCAAAUGAGUAGGAUGGUUAGUGGAAAAAUGAAGGAAAUUCUUCAAGGUCCAACACCCGAAUCGAAAAUGGUGGAUGAGGCCACCUUAGAGACCUUAGAGGAACCCAACUGGGGAAUGAACAUGAGGGUAUGCUCUAUGAUCAACAGUGAACAGUUUGAUGGGGCCGAAAUCGUUAGGGCCGUCAAAAAGAAGAUAUCCGGGAAAAAUGCUGUCAGCCAAAGGUUGAGUCUUGAUUUGUUGGAAGCUUGCACGGUGAAUUGUGAGAAAGUAGCUUCUGAGGUGGCUUCGGAGAAAGUGUUGGAAGAGAUGGUUAAGAUGAUCGAGAAUCCGCAGACACAUCCUGGGAAUAGAAACAGAGCUUUGCAGUUGAUUCGUGCUUGGGGACAGUCUGAAGAUCUCGCAUACUUGCCGGUGUUUCAUCAGACAUAUAUGAGCUUGAAAGAGCGAAGUACACCACUGCCGGUGGAUGCUGAUGACGGGAAUGCACCCUUGUACCAGACCUUGGAGUCUUAUAUGGGAGAGCCAUUUCCUCCCCCUGAAAAUUAUCCUGUCAAUAACACAGGAUUGCAGGGUAAUGAUUUUGCCUAUAACUAUGGGAGUUUAUCUGUUGAACAAAAGAAGGAACUUUUUGAAGUAACUCGGAACAGCCUUGAGGUGCUCUCUAGCAUCUUUAGUACGGGAACGGAGCCAAAACCCCCAAAGGAUGAGCUGACAGAGAGCAUGUUGGAGAAAUGCAAGCAGUCACAGCUAGCUAUUCAGAUGAUUAUAGAAAGCACUACCGACGAUGAUGGAAUCCUCUUUGAGGCUCUGAAUUUGAAUGAUGAACUUCAACAAGUCAUCUCCAAAUUCGAGGGACUGGAAACCGGUUCAAAAGCCGACACCACUGCUGUUAUUCCCACUGCUGCUGAGACCAAUAUAGAAAGUACGGUGGGCGCUUCACCUUUAAACCAUGAUGAAACCAAGACCAGUUCUUCCCUGCCCACCCAUGAUGAAACCCAGAUGAAUGCUUCCCAGAAAGCAGGUGGUACCGAAUCCGGCAGUGAUACAAAAAUAUCAAACGGGAACUGAUGAAUCUUGAGAGGAUUUGCUAGGUUUAAUUUCCAUUUCCAUUACCUGUGCUGCCGUUCUGGUUAACCGUAUGGUUGGUUUGCUGUAAUUAGGGAAUAAGAUUAUGUAGUCCAGACACGAUUAUUAGUUUAUCGGUUGUGUAAUUACAUUUUGUUUGCUAAAUUAGAACCGUU